CCGCAUUUGGGCUCAUCUCACACUCGCCCAUCUCUAUCCGCCGAUCCACCCAUCCAUCCGCGUCCGCCUCAAAACCCCACCACCCCGCUGCAACCGGCGCCCCGUCCUCCCCGCCCGCGCGCACUCACAUCCCCCAGUCUCAGUGCGGCCACACUCACCUGACCCACGGAAUGGCGUCGGGUGGCUCUGGCCGCACCGCCACGGCCGGAACCGCGGCGCUGCUGUCGCUGGUGUUCUUACUGCUGCAGGUCUCCGCGGGUGCGGGCGCGGGCGCCGACUGCCACUUCCCGGCCGUGUUCAACUUCGGGGACUCCAACUCGGACACUGGCGGGCUCUCGGCCGCCUUCGGCGCCGCGCCGCCGCCCAACGGCAGGACCUUCUUCGGCAUGCCCGCCGGCCGCUACUGCGACGGCCGCCUCGUCAUCGACUUCAUCGCCGAAAACCUGGGAAUACCUUACCUAAGUGCGUACCUCAACUCAGUAGGGAGCAACUUCUCGCAGGGGGCCAAUUUCGCAACAGCCGGCUCGACAAUCAGCCGACAGAACACAUCCCUGUUCCUCUCGGGGUUCAGCCCCAUCUCCUUGGACGUGCAGUCCUGGGAAUUCGAACAGUUCAUCAACAGAAGCCAGUUCGUUUACAACAACAAAGGUGGCAUCUACAGGGAGCUCCUGCCAAAGGCCGAGUACUUCUCCCAGGCGCUGUACACCUUCGACAUCGGCCAAAACGACAUCACGGCGGGCUACUUCGCGAACAUGACGACUGAACAAGUCGUAGCGUUCAUUCCUGAGCUCAUGGAGAGGCUCACCUCAAUAAUCCAGAAUGUGCACGGGUUCGGAGGAAGGAACUUCUGGAUCCACAGCACGGGGCCUAUCGGCUGCCUGCCUUACGCCCUCAUUCGCCGGCCCGACAUCGCCGCGGUCAAGGACAAGGUUGGCUGCUCUGUCACCUACAACAAGGUCGCGCAGCUCUUCAACCAGAGGCUCAAGGAAACGGUGGCUCGUCUCCGGAAAACCUACCCCGACGCUGCGUUCACCUACGUCGAUGUCUACGCCGCCAAGUACAAGCUGAUCAGCCAAGCCAGCAAGCUAGGCUUCGACGACCCUCUGCUCACCUGCUGCGGGCACGACGCUGGCCCGUACAACUUCGACCCGAAGGUUGGUUGUGGCGGGAAGGUGCUGGUGAAGGGGAAGUGGGUGGUGCUGGGAAAGUCCUGCGACGACCCGGGCAGGAGAGUGAGCUGGGACGGCGUCCACUUCACCGAGGCAGCGAACAAGUUCGUCUUUAAUCAGAUCGUCGGCGGCGGGCUCUCGGACCCGCCCAUGCCCCUGAGGCAGGCUUGCCGGAGCAAAGGGCAGUGAACUGCAGGUGGGUCGUUGGUCAGGUUGGCCGUGCCACUGCUGCUGCUACAUGCUCUGUAAGAGCAUCACCGAUGGAAGAUGCAAAUUUGGAGAUGUAAAACAGUAUAUGUAAAAAUUUACAUCUUUAAAAAAUGCAUUUUACAUCUUGAAAAAAGAGGCAACUUCAAAAGAGCAACUCCAAUAGAAGAUGCAAAUGGAGAUAUAAAACUAUACUUCAACUACUA